UUUGCAGUACUUGAAGGCAUUGGUUAUUUUCAUUCAGAAGGAGUCGCUUGCAUCCUGGCCUGGACCCCCAGUGUCACCGUGUCGGAGAUUCUCAUCACGCAAACCACCGUGUCGGAGAUUCUCAUCACGCAGACGACCGUGUUGUGAGCAACGAAGAGUUGAAACUAUUAUUACUUUGCAAUGGCUGGGGGAGUAUCACUAGCGAGCUGCUGCUGCUACAUUGUGGUGAUGGCUGUAUCAAUGGUGUUGCAGGCCUCCUUGGGAAGCUGUGCACGAGGUGUGGUGGAACUGGAUACGCUAACGUUUGAUAAGGAACUCAGUGCUCACAGCCAUCUCAUUGUCAAGUUUGACACAUCCAUGGCGUCCGGUGCAGCGGUGGAUGCCUACAACAGCUUUGCACGCCUUGCUGCUAAGCAACCUGAGAUCAUGGUGGCCAGUGUGGGAGUGUCGCCCCACAGGGAAAAGGAGAAUGAGGAACUGGCCAACCGUUUCAGCAUCACUGCGAAUGACUUCCCUCGUAUCCUGCUCUUCGGCCAUAGCCAAUCCACAACCGUUGUGCCGCUAUCGGGGAAUGUAACCGUUGAGAACCUGGUUGCCUUUGUCAGGAGACACUCUGAUUUGUACAUUGCGUUUCCCGGCUGCUUGGAGGAGUUUGAUCAGCUGGCAGCUAGGACGUUUCAUGUUGCCUCAUCCAAUGCCAACACGUUUCAACUAGAUGCAAAGAAGCUAGCCUCAAAGCUCACCAAUGAGGAUGAAAUUGCCUCAGCAAAUGUUUACAUCGAGAUAUUUGGCUUAAUCACCUCGCGUGGUCCUCGAUUCCCAUCCAAUGAAGUCAAUCGAGUGAAAAAAUCGUUUGCCACCGAACUCAGCGAGGGGAAGAGGAAAGCGCUUCAACUCAAGCUGAAUAUUCUGCAAUCGUUUAUACGCCCCGCUGUGGAUCAGAAUCCACAUGGCAGGGAUGAGCUUUGAGCUGUGUGUCAGACCCAGAUACUGACUUGAUUCUAUCGGAUCUCGAUAGACACCGUGAACUUGCUUUUCAUCUCGAUUGCAAUGCACUGCCCUGAGUAUUACCUGUGGUAACUUGAUCAAUUUCCUUGGAGUAGAGUAGAGUAGAGGAAAGUUGUUUUAUUGAAAGGGGCCAAAUGCUACUUGUACCGCUCACCACAAUACGAAUUAUAGUGAUUUUCUCGGAGACAACAUAUUUUGACUAUUUACGUCGCCGGUGCUGUCAACUUUGGAAUCUUGAUACUGUACAUUGGCUAAUUUUGGCAGGUAAAAAACAUGUUUGAGAUUUUAACCGCUUAAAGCUAUUUAUGAACUAGCACGAAUUUGGAAGGGGAUGAUGUUUAUCAAUAAAUUUGUCAUGUCAUCAAAGAAGGCAUACAUAUUGCAUGCUAUGCAAAACACAAGCUUUCUAUUGGCACCAUUAAACUUUACCGAAAGCGCCCUGUUCGCCAAGCUUGCUAAAAUAUUCAAGCCACUCAAAUAAUACAGGACACACAUAUCCAAAGGACUAGACACAUGUCCGCUGUAAGGAGAAGUGUGUUGAUUGUCCUGCGGGGAAGGUGUGCUGAUUGUUGCUGGGUAUC